AUGCGAGCACUUCAUGAAUUCCAUGCCAUUUUGUGUCCUCGGAAGGAUCCGUGCUCAGCAAUGGGUGCAUUUCAAGAACAUACACGCCAUACGAACGAUAUUUUUUUACUUGCAGCAAAAGUAAUUGCCCGUGUACUCUCGCGGUAUCUCGUGUGGCGAGACAUUGCCAAGGCACGUGAACCCAUUGACAUGUUUUACAAGAAACCGUGGUGGGAAGUGGUCGUUGUAGAGCACGAUGAACCUUUAUCACUGCCUCGUGAAUUUCGAAAUAGCGAGGAAACGUCGGGUCAGAUUACGGCAUGUGAGAGUGAGAAGACAAACAGUGACAGCGGAGAUAGCAGCAGCAGUUACGAUGACGGCUCACCUAAUGAUAUCAAAGAUAUUGAUAACGAAGAGAAAGCUGUCUUGCCCAAGGCUAAUGGAAGUGUUAUCGCUCAAGCAGGCAAGUUACGACAGGAAAAGUCACAAACUAAGGAAAAGGAAGGGGAUUGGAUGGCAAACACUAGUGGCACCUUGGGAAAUGGAUCGACGAAGGCGCAAUGUUUACAGGAGGUACUAACGAUGACACACCAGUUACUAAUCGACGCACUAGAGUGCAACCUAGUGCGACUUGAGCGUGAAGGCCAACUACGUGACGUGACGGUGGAGGAAAUCUGGCGUCAUUGUUCAAGUCUUUUGAGUUUCGAGUUUUUUACUGCUCAGAUCGGCCUCUUCGAAAUGAACAACGUAAGUAUGGAGAUCGACCAUCCGUUCCAUGCCUUUAUAGAUAUCCUGGAUCCAGACGUGCAGCACGAAGUGACUGCAGCAGGAACUGAUGGCCAAAACAAUUGCACGUCACCACAAUUAAACAGUGAGGAGCAGGCUCUGAUUGCUAGCGUACGACGCGUGCUACAAUGGGAGGAAGAGCGCAUUCAGCUGCUGCAGGUACAGGAGCGUCUGGAAAGGAACGGCACCGAAGUGGAUCCUGGCUUUGAUCCCUUGAUGCCUUUGGGUUAUCCUUGCAUUGAAGGCACAGCGCUCUUUCCAAUCAUUUGCACGAUGAAUCACAGUUGUGACCCGAACUGCACUGUGCUUUACACGAAGAAUGGUGACGCGCAUGUGGUGGCUAUCCGUGACAUUCAAAAAGGUGAGGAGCUCUGUAUCUGCUACAUCGAUGUUGACAUGGAUGUGCAAACGCGUGAAGCAAAUUUACGCGAGUACAAGUUCAAAUGUUUUUGCCCGCGGUGCGUCCUGGAGCGACAACAAUUAGAGCGACAAAGACCUGGACAGGACCAACGAGCAAGUUUUGCAACAAAUGAGCAAACAAGUUUACAUGCAGGGAAGCAAGCUCGACGUUCUAGUCCUGAAAACCAAAAACUGAAAAAGAAAUCGAAGACGAAACGCGACGCCCAGUCGUGUCUUGCUUAG